UACUCCAAGAGUCCAAACAUUUUUCAGCAUUGGAAUGGUCCCAACAGCUCAAGUGUGUCAGUUUGUAUGUCAGACUAGAUCAUAACUGAUCUCUAUUUAUUCCUUUCCAAUUCCCUUUCCAUUUCCACAAACAACUCUUUUCAAGGAAAAAUGUCUCUUCUUGGUCUUCUUCUUGCUAUUUUCUACAUGGUUUCUCAUGUAAAUGGCCGUGGUGGUCAUGCUAGUUGGAUUAAUGCUCAUGCUACUUUCUAUGGUGGAAGUGAUGCUUCUGGGACAAUGGGUGGGGCUUGUGGAUAUGGAAACCUUUAUAGCCAAGGUUAUGGAACAAAUACAGCAGCAUUGAGCACUGCACUAUUCAACAAUGGAUUGAGUUGUGGUGCAUGUUAUGAAAUUAAAUGUGUGAAUGAUCCACAAUGGUGUAAUCCUGGAUCCAUUAUAGUUACUGCCACCAAUUUCUGUCCACCUGGUGGUUGGUGUGACCCUCCCAAUCACCAUUUUGAUCUUUCUCAACCUAUUUUUCAACACAUUGCUCAAUAUAGAGCAGGGAUUGUACCUGUAGCUUACAGAAGGGUGAGAUGCAAGAGAAGAGGAGGAAUUAGAUUCACCAUCAAUGGUCAUUCUUACUUCAAUUUAGUCCUUGUCACUAAUGUUGGAGGUGCUGGUGAUGUACAUUCUGUGGCCAUCAAAGGUUCAAGAUCUAGAUGGCAAGCCAUGUCAAGGAAUUGGGGGCAAAAUUGGCAAAGUAACUCUUACCUUAAUGGACAAAGUCUUUCCUUUGUUGUCACCACAAGUAAUGGUCACAGUGUGGUUUCAUUCAAUGCUGCUCCUGCUGGUUGGUCCUUUGGUCAGACCUACACUGGAAGGCAGUUCAACUAUUAAGCAACAUUUUAAUCAAUGUUUUUAAAACCGAAUCGAACGGUUUAACCGGUUGAACCGCAAACUAACAUUGUCGAAGAUUUGAUUAUUUUAAUCGUUAAACUAUGGUUUCGUCCUGUUUCGAACGGUUUAAAGUUGUUGAACCACGACUUGGAAGUUUUGCUGGUUUGUUUCCGAUUCGGUUUUUAAAAUGUUGCUUUUAAUUAAAUAUUUUUCAACAAUGUUUAGUAAUAGCUAAUAAUAGUAUCUUGAUUCUCAAGUUUUCAUUUAAAAAAUUAAAAGCACUAAGUUUAAAUUGAGUAGUGUAAAUGGAUUUAUUAGUGUUGGGCUACUUAGAAGAUGGUUUAGCCCUUUUUUUUUUGAGGCAAAUGGUUUAGCCCUUUUUAUUAUAUAUAUUUUGAUUUUGAUUUUAUUAUAUGGCAAGCAUUUGUAGAUGAUGUGCUGGCUUUAUUUAUGCUAUGCCUCAGCAAAUGAGAAACUUGCCAUGUUGAGAAAGAUUAAUGUUAAAGAGAUUGUUGAAUGUAACCUUGUACUUUAAUUAUUGGUUAAUGAAUGUAAAAGGUCAUGCUUUAA